AUGGGGAUUAAAUUGGUAAGGCGUACUGGAAAGUAUUCUGUUUAUCGUUUCUCUGAAGAGCAUAACCAUCAUCUUAUCAGUCAAGAAUCUGUCCAUUUUAUGCCAUCUCAUCGAAAAAUCACUUCAUCAGAUGAAGCCUUUUUAGACUUGACAGCAAAUUCAGGUCUUUCGCCUAAGUCUGCAUUUGAAUUAAUGGGUCAACAAGCAGGUGGUAGAGAGUCACUGGGAUUUACUAAGGUAGACCAAAAGAAUUACCUUCGAACUGUCCGACAGAAAAAAAUGAAAUUUGGGGAAGCUGGUUAUCUGAUAGAAUAUUUUUCAAAGCAAAUGUUGGAAAAUCCUUCGUUCUUCUAUGAGAUGCAGUUGGACACUGAGGAACAAAUUACCAACGUUUUUUGGGCUGAUGCUAAAAUGAUAAUGGAUUAUGGUAUAUUUGGUGAUGUGGUAAGUUUUGAUACAACUUACAAACUUAAUGAAGCAAAUCGACCAUUUGCGGUGUUUGUUGGAUUAAAUCAUCAUAGAGAGACUAUUAUUUUUGGAGCUGCCUUAAUGUACGACGAGACCGCAGCAUCUUUUAUAUGGUUGUUUGAAACCUUUUUAAAGGCAAUGUGUGGGAAGCCUCCACAAACCUUUUUCACUGAUCAAGAUGCAGCGAUAGCCAAGGCUGUACUUACCAUCGACUUUGUAUAUGGCAUUUGA